AUGGAAACACCUAUAGACGGUUUGCCUGAAAGCUUGAUUCUUGAUUGCCUUGCUCGUCUGCAUUUCAAGGACUUACCUGUCGCAUCGCGAGUCUGUCGUAAAUGGUUUCAUCUUAUUAGAUCUCCUCAUUUCUACACCAUCAGGAAACAACUGGGAUAUACAAAUCAGGUGGCUUGCUUGCUCCAAGAAUUUCCUCCGCCAACCACGAUAUUUUCUGUUGUCAAAUAUGUAAUCAACGUGUUUGACCCGAUGAAUCGGGGUUGGAACCGACUUCCUCCGAUCCCUAAUUUAACAAAUGGGCUUUCUUAUUCGACAUCAAUUGCUAGCUCAGAAGGGAAACUCGUCGUGUUUAGCACGUGUAAUCCGGAGAGUCGUGACCCGGUUAUGUCCGUGUUCGUGUUCGAUUUUGCGACUCAACGGUGGAGGAAAGGCAAGGACAUGCCUUUAACUAGUAGUUCAAAGUAUUCCAUCGUGACUUCACAAUGCCAUCGGGUAUUCAUCAGCGGUCACCUCGGUCAGGGAGAGGAUGCGGUUUUGGAGUAUAAUGUAAGGACGGAUGAGUGGACCGAGUUGCAUCGGGUGAGAGGCGGCCAGAUCGAAGGGCUGCAGGUAAUUGGAGAGGAAUUAUGGGUUAUAGGCGGAUGCAAGGGCAUACUUAACUUCAGCAUGUUUGAACAUGGUGCAGAUGUGUAUCAUCUUCAAACUGAGAAGUGGAGACGAGUUGAAUGGGCUUUUGGUGACUUAUUGUGUCCUUGUUGCCUCACUGAGUUUGAAUUGUAUGAGUGGAAGAAGAAGUUGUUCAAGUUUAUGUUCAAAAACAUGCACAACUGUUGUCGACUCCAAUUGGGUACGCAAAGAUUACUAAUGGCCAUCAUCCUCAAGGACCAUUAUUGUUCGGACUGGGACUGGGUGGGAUUAUUUUUUAUGCAGGGCCAAGAUAGUAAUUUUGAAAGACUGCAUCCCCCCUCUAAUUCUGUUUUUUCUGGAAUUGUGGGAUCAAGUUGUUGUGUGGAAUUCUAA